AUGAGCAGUUUUUUUAGUGAAAUGCAGAUGAAGGAUAGAGAGUUUUACUACUCAGUUGACCCGGAUAAUGCUGGCAAGCUCUGGAACGUCGUAUGGGUUCAUACAUACUGUAAGUAUGUAUAUCUUGAGUUUCACGAAGUAGUAUGUUUCGAUACAACAUACCUUGUGAAUCAAUGGUGCAUGCCAUUUGCUUCGUUUAUUGGUGUGAAUCAACACUGCCAAUCCAUACUUUUGGGAUGUGCUUUGAUUACUAGCGAGGACAUUGACACUUACAAGUUUUUCUUCACUACUUGGCUUUGUCCCAUGCAUGGUGUAAAACCAACGGCUAUGUUGACAAGCCAAUGUGAGAGCAUUAAGGCAACUAUUAGACAAGUGAUGCCAGAAACAAUUUACAGGUAUUGUAUUUGGCACAUAUUCACAAAGUUGGCUUAUAGGUUAAAGCGCGUUCGUGAUCAUAAAAUUGCUAGGAGUGAAUUUAAAUCCAUAGUCCUUGAUGCUAUUACCAUAAAUGAAUUUGAGGGGAAAUGGGGUGAAUUUAUUGGAAAAUAUGGCUUAGAAAAUAGGAACUGGUUCUCUAAUUUGUAUUUGGAGAAGGAGAAAUGGGUUUCUGUAUACUUUAAGCACUACUUUUGGUUUGGUAUGUUGUCCACACAAAGGUGUGAGGGAAUGCAUGCAUUCUUCGAUGGCUAUAUCAAUGGUCAAAGCAGCCCAAAGCAGUUUGUUGAGCAGUACGAGAUAGCCGUGAGAGCCAAGUACGAUAAAGAGUUAUAUGCUGAGAAUAGGUCUAGAUAUACAGAAGCAGGAACUUUCUCUGGAUUCGAGUGGAAGUUUCAACUACAAACUCGUUAUACUCGUACAAUAUAUGAGCUUUUCAUGGUGCAGGUUCAACGGUUGUUUCAUUGUGAAAUUAGCGUGGCAGAAGAUGCUGCAGCAUUGGAUGGAGUGGAGAAAUUUAACAUAACAGAUUUUUCAAUCAAGAAUGAUUUCAAUGGGAAUCAGUUUGUGUACGCGAUGGAAUAUAGACCAAGCGGUCCGUAUUUGGAUUGUAAUUAUAAAAAAACUUUCAAUCUGCUAGGAUUGUUUACUGCCAUAUACUAA